CAAGUGACAAACAAAUCCACUAACAAUUAGUGGAAAUCCUACUCCAAAUCCAAUCAAAAUCCAAUACAAAAAUGGGACAAGUCCAUGACAAAGAAGCUAGGUAGAUGAAGAUGGGAAGCAAAAGCAAUAGCAACAACAACAAUACGAUAGUGUAUGUAGAGAGCAUAAUAGUCCCAAUGAGCCUCUUCCUCACAAUAGGCUACCACGCCUACCUAUGGCAAAAGCUCAAAACCAAACCCUCCCAAACCACAAUCGGCAUGAACAUGCUCAAGCGCCGCUCAUGGCUCCGCCAGCUCAACCAGGGCGACGACAAGAAGGGCAUGCUCGCCGUCCAGAGCCUCCGGAACAGCCUGAUGUUCGCCAUCCUCACCGCCACGGUCACCGUGAUCAUCACGCUCUGCCUCGCCGCCCUCACCAACAACGCCUUCAACGCCGCGGGCCUCCUCGCCUCGUCGAGCCUCUUCGGGUCGCAGUCGCCGAGGAUCAUGGUGCUCAAGUACGCGUCGUCGUCGCUGUUCCUGCUGGCGAGCUUCCUCUGCAGCUCGAUGGCGGUCGGGUUCUUGGUGGACGCGAACUUCUUGAUCAACGCAAUCGGGGAGUUCGCGCCCGGGGGAGGAGGGUACACGGAGGCGGUGGUGGAGAGGGGGUUUGCGAUGGCGGUGGUCGGGAAUAGGGUGUUUUGUAUGGCUUUGCCGCUUUUGCUGUGGCUGUUCGGGCCGCUGCCGGUGGCGGUCUCCUCCGCCGCUCUUGUUUGGGGGCUCUAUGAACUUGAUUUUGUUGCUUCUCUCUCCACAAUUGUUGUUUGAUUAAAUGGCAUACUCCCUCAUCCGUCGUUAAUUGGUACACUUUGAUCCGGCGCGAGUUUUAAGAAAUGUGAUGUAAAGUGUGUUAAUAAAAUUAGUAGAAUAUGAGUUUUACUUUUA